CACUCAUUGAGCUUUUAAGGGAAGCGGUGCUAUCUAUUGGCUAUUCUCCAACUGUCAGAGUGCGAGUAAGCAAUUAGAGAUAUGCAGAAAACUGUGUAGCAAAUGUGUAACAAGUGGCUCAUAGUUGGUGAAAGUAGAAUAAAUGGACUAUGCACUGCCACCAAAACAUGAUGACUGCGUCUGCACAGCUGUGUUUGCUGGCAUAUUUAACUCUGACUUUGGGGUUGACUUUGGGUUUGGGCCCAAACAAAAACAUGGGGUUUACGUUCCUCUUACCAGCUGGAAGCACAGAGUGUUUUUACCAAAGGACGGCGAUGAACGACAGCAUGGAAGUUGAAUACCAGGUGAUAGCAGGGUCAGGUCUGGAUGUUGGGUUUAUCCUCCUCUCACCCACCGGACAUCGGCUAGUCUCUGACUUCAGGAGGUCUGAUGGUAUCCACAUGGUGGAUCCCACAGUUGAUGGAGACUACCGGUUAUGUUUUGACAACAACUUCAGUAAAAUGUCAGAGAAGAUGGUGUUUUUUGAGGUCGUCAUUAAUAAUCAGAACAGCAAAAACGGAGGCCAAGAUGAUUGGUUAGAGACUGUAACUUCAGACAGCAUGGUGGACUACAAAAUGGAAGACAUCAGGGCGAGAAUGGACUCUGUGCACCGGCACCUGGAGAAAAGCCAUCAGGUCCAGGCCAUGCUGAGGGCAUUUGAGGCGAGAGACCGCUACCUUCUGGAGGACAACUUGUGGCGAGUGUCCUUUUGGUCCUGCGUAAACCUGUCGGUCAUGCUCACUGUUGCUGUUGUUCAAAUUUACACCCUCCGACGCCUCUUUGUCAACACCAAGCAGGUCCGCACAUAACAAAACCAUCCUUACCUCCAUCGACGAAAGACUAGCAGAAAACACUCAACUGACAUGGGAGCUGAAUUUAAAGGAAUAGUUUACAUCAUCAUUUUAAAAAGCUGGUUUUUGCACUGGAUUUUUUUUUAAUUGUCAAAAACUGUUCCCUUUGAUGCAUUGUGGAAACCACUUUCUGCUUUUGUGUCAUCCCUGAAAUCACAUUUAUAGCACAGUAGUGGAUGCCUGUAGCACCGGUAUUUGUUAAAAGUUUCAUUAGGGAAGCUAGAACGUCAGUUGUUCUCCCUUGAAAGUUUAUUGAAUUACAAACACUACAUUUGGCACAUCUAGAAACUAAGAUUAUCAGAACACCAAAAAACUAAUUAUCAGAUACGUCACCUCAUGAAAGCGCAUGAUGAAGCUUUUUAAAAGCUUUAAAAACAAAAAAACAACAAAAUGAUGCAAAAUAGUAACUGUAAUAAAAUAAAUAUUUAUAAUCAUAAAAAGAAAAGUCCCUGAUUAGAUUUACUAUAUGACAGUUAAAUAUUACACAAAACAAUAACAGUCAGGUGGCUGGGGAAAAGGCAUCAGAGUCACUUGUUUCAUGCAAUUGCACUUUGUGGUACUAAGGUGGAGAAGUCAGUAAAACCAGGUGUCUAUUUUUAUAACUGUGAGCAGUUACAGACUCUGCCAUGAAUCAUUUUAUUGUGGUAAUGCUCCACCACUUGAAAGGCAUUCUCUCUUUUGCAUCACUGAGCAGAUACAUGAAAAAUUAUAAUACAAUUCUCCUGCUGCACUUUGUGAGUUGGCACCAGAACUGAAAUGAUACAAAACAAAUGCUCUAAGGUCUUCUGGGGGAUUGGGAACAGAGAACUGAAAGUACACCAUGAGAUUUCAAACCAUUUCAGCUUUUUGUGCCCACAAUCAUUAGUGUCAUUAUCCCAAAGAAAGAAAGAAACAAAACCCUGAACCAUGCCACUCAGUUUGAAUUCUUCAGUUAGGCUGCAGGACUGUAACACCGUUAUUGGGAGUGCCUCUUUGUUUUGAUGAAGUGAAAUUAAAACGUGCUCUUCUGCUCCCAUUGUUGUCAUUGAUUGGAGUCAUUUCACAUUCACUGCGGAGCGGCCAAGGUCACUGCUGGUUUCGACGAGGGGCCGGGCGCCUGUUCAGGAACAACUGACAUUAAUCUCUUGGUGACACGCAGUAAAGAAUUGCCGUUGACAUGUUAACCCUUCAGGAUCCAGUUAGCAAAACAGCAAGGACACUUGUACUGUGGCGGGUGCCGGCUGAAGGAUAGGACCUUUUGUUUAAGCAAAGGGAAAUACUAGGGAAGUGCAUUUCACAUUUGAAUUUUAAAUACUGCCUGGAAAAAUCUAAACACUAAAAGCAACCUUUUAUCUUUCAUCAGUGUGAAAAAUGUAUGAUUAUAUCUCAAUUUAGUGUUGCAAGAGAAAAUCUGAGAAGCUGUUAUUGGAAGAUGAUUUGGCCCACAGAGAAACAAUGAUUAAAAGUUAAUGUUGCAAAAAUGUAGUGUUCCUGCUCAUCACCACAGGAUUUGUCAAGAUGCAUUUCUGCAGGCUGUUAAGUAGAAGGUUGCCAUAGGAAUAUGGGCUUGUUUUAGCCCGAGAGAGGGAGAGCGAAAGCAAAGAGAAAGGAGAGGACCACCAGGAAAUGCUCUAUACAUUAUCUGAGAGAAAGAGAGAAGACCACACAAGACACAAACAGACACCAACCACCAGAGCCAGUCCCUUUAUUGUACACAACACCUCUUUAUUUACUCGCCUUUCUAAAUCCGUUCAUGUUGUUUAUUCAAAUCAAUUAAUUGCUACAGAGGCACUUGACAAGGUUUGAAGAAAAAAAAAAAAAAAAAAAAUGUUUGCAGGUUGUUUCCAAUCCCCGUCUUCCA